AUGGCGUCUACAACCUUUGCACAAGAAUUCAGUGCAGAAUCAUACCAGAACCUUCAGGCAACUGUCUUUGCCAUACAAGAGUUGAAUCAAAAUCCUUAUAUAUUACCAAACUUCACAUUAGGAUUUAAAAUGUUUGAUACAUGCCUGUCAGAAGUUAGAACAAUUGGUGGAAUUUUCUGGAUGUUGACUGGUGCAGAGAAAGAAGUCCCAAAUUACAAAUGUCCUGAAUCUCAACCACAACUAUCUGGAGUCAUUGGAGAUUUCCAAUCUAACACUGCAGUUCCAAUGGCUAGAAUACUGGGUCUUUACAAGUAUCCUCAGGUUAGUCAUGGUUCAACAGUUGAAAUGCUGAGUGAUAAGCUUCAGUUUCCAUCAUAUAUGCGAACAAUUCCAAAUGACAAAUUUCAGUUCCCAGUCCUCACUCGCUUGAUUAAACAUUUUGGUUGGAACUGGGUAGGUGUUAUAGCCUCUGAUAAUGACUAUGGAGUUCUUGGAAGUCAAAAUCUGAAGAAGGCUCUUGCUAAUACUGGCGUAUGUGCUGCUUUUUCAAAAAUCAUUCCACUGAACAGUUCCAAGACACAGAGACUGCAGAUUGCUGACAUAAUUAAAAUGUCAACUGCAUCUGUAAUUGUCAUCUAUUCUACCAGAAUGGAGGUAAUGCCACUGAUGGAAGAAAUUGCUGAGCAGAAUAUUACAGGAAAAAACUGGAUAGCCACUACUAGCUGGAUAGUGUCUCCAAUUUUCUCAAACAAAAAAUCAUGGAGAACCCUUAAUGGCACAUUUGGUCUUGCAAUACACAGGGGUAAGAUUCCUGGGCUAAGUGAAUUUAUUCAUGCCCUUCACCCCUCUUCAUCUCCAAAUGAUAUUUUUAUUAGGUCUUUUUGGGAAGAUACCUUUGGCUGCUACUGGUUAACUGAUAAUACUUUAACAGAACAGUAUAUCAAUAAAACUAGCAUCCUUUGUACAGGGGAAGAAACACUGGAUAACUAUGACCUAGCAAAAUUCAAUCUGUUUGAUUACAGAUAUGGUUACAAUAGCUAUAAGGCAGCCUAUGCAAUUGCUCAUGGCUUGCAUGACCUAUUAUUCUGCCAUCCCAGCAGUGGACCAUUCACUAAUAAGUCAUGUGCCAGUAUCUUAGAUUUCAAACCAUGGCAGGACUCCCCUCAUGCCUUCUUUGAGGAAAUGAUUGCGUAUAGUCAGCCAGUCCAGGCAAGCAAUCCAUAUUUUUUAACUGAUGUUGAAUCUUCAGUGGUAAAGAAGAACGUACAGGCAAUUAAUUCAAUAAAUAGACAUCAGCUAACAAUAUCACCUACUUUAGUAAAAUAUCUUUUAGAUGAAGGUUUUGGAUAA